AUGGAUGAGGACUCUGUGAGUGAUCUGAGUUUUGAUUCCAGCGCGGAUGAAAUGUUUUUGGAAGAAGAUCCACUUUUAGAUCAUGGCACUGACCCCGACUGGGAGCCCCCAGUGCCAACUUGUCCAUCCCCCUCUGAAGCUGGUUCAUCCAGCUGUACCCCUGCUGUCUCUGGCUCCACACCUCCCGGGCCGUCUAGAGGACCGACAAAGAAGAGGAAGAGGGGAAGUGUGCCAUCCGCUAACAGAGGGACAGAAUGGCGUUGGCACACCGUCCUAGAAGACGAUGUGGAGCCACCCCAACCAACCUUUAGGCCGAAAAGGAAGCCAGGACCUCAGCUAAACAUGACUGCUACGUACAGCCCCCUUCAGCUUUUUCAGCUGUUCUUCACCCAAUCCGUUGUAGAGUCGCUCGUGUCCAACACGAAUAAGAAUGGGAAGAAGAAGCAAGCAGGCAAAACGGCAGCAUGGAAGCCCAUAUCCACGGCAGACUUUUUCUGCUACCUUUCUCUGGUCAUCUACAUGGGGCUGGUGAGGCUGAAAAGCCUGAAGGACUACUGGAAAACGUUGUCUCUCUACCAACUGCCUUUCCCCUCGUCUGUUAUGUCCUGCAAAAGGUUUCUGGAUCUCUCCCAGGCGCUUCACAUCAGUGACCCAAAGGUUGAUGAAGAGAAUGAGAAGAAGAGAGGCACAGCGAGGUUUGAUACACUGUGCAAAAUCAAACCUCUCUACCACAGCAUUGUCGAGGCCUGCAAGACGUACUUUCAGCCAGCCCAGAAUGUGUCAAUCAAAGAGAGGAUGGUGGCCUCAAAGGACAGCAUUGGCCUCCAACAGUACAUGAGAAACAAACCAACCAAGUGUGGUCUGAAGCUGUUUGUGUUGGCUGAUUCUGCGUGUGCCUACACAUGCAAUUUCUUGGUCUAUGAGGAGAAGAACAGUUUUGCUUCCGGUAAGGAACUCAGCUAUGCCUCUGUAAUGGUGUUGUUGGAUUGUCAACUGCUGGGGAAGGGCUACAAACUGUUUGUGGAUAACUUCUACACAAGCCCUGCCCUGUUUGCAGACCUGAGGAAGCGGGGAGUGUGGCCUUGUGGCACCAUUCGUACCACCAGGGUGGGCUUCCCGAAGACGAAGGUGGACGACAUGCCUAAUAGGGCUGAGCGGGGGACCAUGCGAUGGAUCCGAGAAGAUGGCCUGCUGUUUGUGAAGUGGAUGGACACCAGAGAGGUGGUGAUGUGCUCCACUAUCCACAAGUCCUUCAGUGGUGAUCACGUCGUCAGGCGUGUGAAGGGCGCUACAGGGUCAUGGACCACCAAAAAUGUCCCCAUUCCAACUGCAGUGAAGGACUACAACAAGAACAUGGGAGGUGUCGACCUGUCGGAUGCGCUGAUAGGAUACUAUAAUGUUCUCCACAAAACCAUGAAAUGGUACAAGACAUUCUUCUAUCAUUUCAUCGACAUCGCCGUGGUGAAUGCAUUCAUCCUACACAAGGAAAUGGCUAAGAGCUGUGGAAAGCCCUUCCUCUCACAGAAAGCCUUCAGAGAGCAGCUCAUCAAGGAGCUUGCUGGCUACAGCACCACUGUACCACGUUCUAUCUACUCUACCUCUGUCCCUCCUGGCUACAGCACCACUGCACCACGUUCUACCUACUCUACCUCUGCCCCUUCUGUCCCUUCUGCUCCUGCCACAAGUGUUCAUCUACCCAAAUAUAUUUGUGCAGACAUGGAUGUCCCUAAGGGUCAAAGGGGCUCAGCAUGGAGGCGUUGCUGUGUUGUUUGCAAGAUGAAGUCCCCCAUCACAUGCACCACAUGCUCAGUGACCCUCUGCUUUACAUCAGAAAGAGACUGCUAUGGCAUCUGGCAUCAGCAGCAGAAUAUUGUGUAG